AUGAGAUCCCUGACCUUGACGCCCUUGCUACUGGCAUCCGCUUGCGCCUUGCCUGAGAUCCACAUCGAAAAGCGAGACAAGCACAACAACGGGGCAACCAACUACUUCCGAAGAGCGAUACCUGGUCGUCUAGAUAAACGCCAAAGCACUGUCGAGACUAACAUCUUCAAUGUGCUGAGCUGGAGCUCGGGAGGCGCAUACUACGCCAACAUCACUGUUGGUACGCCUCCACAGCCUCAAACAGUCAUCCUCGAUACCGGGUCCUCCGAUCUCUACUUCGAUGCAUCGAGCGCCCAAACCUGCCAGCUUCCAGAGGACAACCCUAAUACUUGCAGAGGCGGUACCUACGAUUCAUCCAGCUCAAAUACGUACAAAGAGGUAUCAGCUGCUCCGGCCUUUAAUACCAGCUUUGGAGAUGGCUCGACCGCUGUUGGUCCGUACGGAUCAGAUGUCGUUGGCGUUGGAGAUGUGCUGGUCCAGCCGGUACAGUUUGGUGUUGCGAAUGAAGUGAACAGCACAACGGGAUACUCAAUAGGGUUGUUGGGUCUGGGAUACUCAGCGAAUGAGGCGGUGACUAGUAUCGAGAACACCUACCAGAAUCUGCCGGAGGUCUUGAAAGAUGCUGGAAUCAUCAACAGCAGAUUAUACUCGAUCUACCUCAAUGACGAGCGUGCUACGUCUGGCAGCAUCCUCUUCGGUGGCAUUGACAAGUCCAAGUACACUGGCGAGCUGGCCACCAUGAACUUGCUGCCGCCAGUUUACUCUGGCCAGGUUGAUGGCCUAAUCUACCAAUUCAUUACCACCAUCACUGCUGCCAAUGUUACUGCAAAUGGCCAGACAACGAACCUCUGGGAGGGUGGAUCCACCGACAUCAACGCCUACUCAAGCGACGACACCGCUCUCCCCGUCCUGCUCGACACCGGAAGCACUGCUUUCCAGAUCCCCCAGAGCUACUACGCCGAAUACAUCGCGCCAGCGUUCCCCUUCGUGAACAGCCAGGGCCUCUGUUCUUGCAAGUACGCCACAUCCGACUACUACCUUUCGCUCGAAUUCGGGAACAAAGUCAAUAUCCGCGUCGACGCCAGCGAAUUCAUCGUCGCAUACGUCGACCCCGAAACGAGAAGGACACAGUCCGACUCCAACGGCGAAGUCUGCGUCUUCCUCAUCCAGCCUGGACAACGGAGCUCUCGUGGCUUCUACAUCGCCGGCGAUGCUGUUCUUCGCAGCAUAUACGCUGUCUUCGAUCUCGAUAACGGUCAGGUCUCGAUCGCCCAGGCCAAGGUCAACAACACCGACGCCCCUGACGUCGUAACCGUCGCGGCGGGUCCAACCGGUGUCGCCGCCGCCGUGUCGUCUGGCGUCGAAACCGCAGCACCCAACACCUGGUCCAUCGCUCCCGAAGUCGCGACUUCCACCCUCUCGUACGCCGUCAGCACUGCUGGUAGCACCAUCGGCACUGCAACUGGCAACGCCGCUGUCCCAACCAUUGCCCAGGUCGAGGGAGCCGGUUCAGGCGGUUCAGGCGGUGGAAGCGGAGGCUCCAACACCGGCAGUGGGUCUUCAUCGAGUUCUUCGGCUGCUGCUGCGGGCAUUGUUCACGGCGCGGAUUUUACGGGUUUUUGGAUCACGAGCGUUUGGGUCGCUUGCAUUGGGUUGGGCGCUGCUUUGAUGAUGUGA